UGGCAGUUAGGCCCCAAGGCUGAGCCCUGAGGUGGGGCUGCCUUGCUCCCUUGGCUGGCUUGCCGGGCAGCAGCGAGAGUGGGACUUUCGUCUGUAGAGUUUUAUAUUUUUCAGCUCACAUUUUAUUUUGCUUAUAGAAGAAAGUUAUUCACUCCUUAGAAAGAGAGGAGACUUACAAAGUGACUUUGUGCACACGAAAGGUCCCGGCUUGCCUGUUGGGGGGACCUUACCAGACUCCCCCUGCCUGAGACACGGGAUGGUCCGCUUUCUAACUAGUCCUUGGAGAGACCUCCUUACUGUCCCUGGACUUGGACUUGGGAUGCUGGGAGACUUCUGGGCAUUUUCACACCAGUGAAUGCUGAAGUCAAAGAUUUUGGAAAGGGCAACCAAACCAUUCUCGUGGAGGCUCGGGUUAAGCCUGAAGUAUUUUAAAGAUGACCAAAGUGCCAGCCACCAAAAAGUUACAGAGUGUCCCCAGCAAGAAAGCCCUUUGGCCUUCUUAUACCUCAGACCAACAGACCCAGCAGGUCACAGAGAAGACAGUGGUGAAGAACAUCCGGUAUAUAGACAAGGAAAUAAUGAACCUCAAAAAGGAUCUUACUCGAAGCCGCUUCCUGAUCCAGCGUGUGAAGAUAGGCCGUGGAUAUUUUAGCAUACUGCGAGAGGAAAACGCCAUGAAAAAGAGGCAACAACAACUCCAGAAGAUGAAGGAAGAAGAAUUAAAUAAAUUCCAACCAGCCAAGAAGUUCUCAGAUAUCCAGUGCAGGGGCACUCUGCUGACGGCCUACGAGAACGAGAAGCUGAAGAAGUUGGAGGCUGGCAUCAUUAUCCGCCCGUUCACACCGAUCCACAGCUGCAUCAUCUCUCCCUCCUUGCCUGAGUCACACGUGGAUCCCCUCUACCGCCAGCUGUGUGCGCUCCACUGGCUCCUCGAGGCGCUGACUAUUGACCACACCCACCAUACCAUGAGGCCCUUGAUUUCUUGCUGGAACACCAAGGACCCAGGUGGCAGCAAGAGCACAAUAAAGAAAAUCAACAAGGACAAGUCCAUGGGGCAGAGGUGGGAUCACUUUGUCACCGCGCCAAAGACCAAGAAAUUCAAAAUCCCCACAAUUCGCACAGCCAGCCGCAAACCCAGCCGGCGGGGCUCCACUCUCAGUCUGACCAGGACCAGUGGGGCUUCUUCUCCCCAGAGCAGCAUGAUGUCUAUGAACCCCGGCUCUGACGAACCCCCAAGUGUGGUCACGCAGGCCAGCAAAGACAUUGAAGACAAUGAGUCAUGGUCAACUAAGCAAGACGAAGAAAGUCUCCACAUCAACCUGCAGAAGCUCCUGGAGAUGGUCCGGGAAGACUCCCGAAGAGCGAUCAUGCCGAUGACUGAGCUGCAGAAGAAAGUUCCCAGCAUCCAGAAUAUAGUCAAGGAAGUCAAGAGCGAUUCUGCCUGGAAGGAAUGGCCGACCAUCUACAAGUCCAGUGAGAGAUCCAGCACUACCAGUGGAGAAAGCCACACCCUGGUGACGCAGAAGAAGUCAAAGGGCCGUGCUAACCGGGACAUCAUCCAUUGCAAGAGCGGUGUGUGUAGCACUAUGCGGGCCAAGUUUUACAACAUAGCCCAGGAGGCCAGCUUCUGCCUACAAGACAAGAUGGAAAUCCUUAUGAAGCGCCAAGAAGAGCGGGGUCUCCAGAAGUUCCACUCCUUUAUUCUCGCCUCAAAUUUCCAAAAGGAUGUAUCAAAGAUGAGGCACCAGGUCCCGGUGAUGAAGGGGGACGCAGAAGAGAUUGCGGAUCACUGGUACUUUGAUCUGUUGUCCAAACUCCCUGAGGAUCUGAAGAACUUCCGGCCUGCAAAAAAGGUCCUGACCAAACUGCAGAAGUUUGGAGAGAACCUAGACCUGAGGAUCCGGCCGCAUGUCCUCCUGAAGGUACUCCAGGACCUGCGGAUCUGGGAGCUGUGCUCUCCAGACAUUGCGGUGGCCAUCGAGUUUGUACGAGAACACAUCAUCCAUAUGCCGCUAGAGGAUUACAUCAGCUGGCUCCAGAGUCGAGUUAACAUGCCUAUCCGGCACUACACUAUCCCCACAUAGCCGGGGCCGGGCCCAGUGGAGGAGGGCAAGCCAGUACCGUGUUCCUGGGUCCAGCCUGCACCAUCACGGAGCAGUGAGGUCAGCAGAAGACACUUCUAAACAGAGUUGAUGGCCCCACGUGACCUGAACGGGCCCUCCCCCCACCAGGUUCCCUGCCUCUGCCCAUGUGACCCAACCGGGCCCUCCCCCACCACCAGGUUACCUGCCUCUGCUCACUGCCCCACUCUGACUCUGCCUACUCUUUCAGACUCUCUCAUCACACCCUUUUGCCUAAAAAUCCUAUUUAAUAAAAUCGAGUUGGAUAUUUCUCA